AUGCAGAACCCAUUUGAAGAACAGCAGACCGCAUUGUUAUCUCGAAUGCUAGGAAAUGUCGAGAAGCUAUCGGAAGCGAUGACGGAACUGAUCCUAAGCCUCGAGUCGAUCAACCACUACAACCUCAAAGUCUCAGAUCUCAACCAGGCCGUCCAGAACUACGCCCUGAAUGUCAAGUACAACCUCCAAAACCAGAACCAGGAUGAUGCGAAUCAGGGAGCCGGUGAUCACAACAACAACAAUAGUAUCGACCCGGCCAUCUGA